AUGAGCAGUGCCUCGGCAGCUGCUAGUCGGGGCGAGGAUGCAGGCAGUGAUGCGCAAGCUGGAUCUGCUAUGCCAGUGCGAACAAGUCAACGACAGGCAGCCAAGCAUGUGGCUACGCUACCAAGUGUUGAAGUUAUGGUCGUCGCAGUGGACCCGUUAGUGACGGACAACAGUGGCGACGGUAGCAGGCGUAGUGUGAUCAUGAUGAUUGCACGGGCAGCUCACGCACGUGCGGACAAGGUGGCCAAGUCGCAGCAUCGCCGUGAGGUUUAUGAACUCCGUGUUCGCCAAGCUGCUCAUACGCGCUAG